AUGGCCAUCGGAAAAAAUAAACGUUUAACAAAAGGAGGCAAAAAAGGUGGCAAAAAGAAAGUUGCUGAUCCAUUUUCAAAAAAAGAUUGGUACGAUGUAAAAGCACCAGCAAAUUUUGAUAAACGUACAUUAGGACGAACACUUGUCACACGAACAACGGGAACAAAAAUUGCAUCGGAUGCAUUAAAAGGUCGAGUAUAUGAAGCAUCGCUUGGUGAUUUAAUCAAAUUGGAUGAUGAAGAUAGUUAUAGAAAAUUUAAAUUGAUAUGUGAAGAAGUACAAGGAAGAUAUUGUUUAACAAAUUUUCAUGGCAUGGAUAUAACAACUGAUCGUUUACGUAUGUUAGUCAAAAAAUGGCAAACAUUAAUUGAAGCACAAGCUGAUGUCCGAACAUCAGAUGGUUAUUUACUUCGAGUGUUUUGUAUCGGUUUUACAACAAAAAUGCGUCAACAAAUUAAAAAGACGUGUUAUGCGCAACAUACACAAAUAAAACAAAUUCGAAAAAAAAUGGUUGAAAUUAUUACACGUGAAAUUGCUGGAAGUGAAUUGAAAGAUGUUGUCAAUAAAUUAAUACCAAACAGUAUCGGUGCUGAAAUUGAAAAAGUAUGUCGUAGUAUAUAUCCAUUACAAAAUGUUAACAUCCGAAAAGUUAAAGUAUUGAAAAAACCAAAAUUCGACAUGGCACGAUUAAUGGAAAUGCAUGGUGAAAGUUAUAGUGGUGCUACUGUAGAUGAAAAAGGCAAAAGAAUUGAACGAACAGAUGGUUAUGAGCCUCCAGUUCAAACAACUGUUUAG